AUGGUGCAAACUUAUCAGAGUCCGGUUCGUGUAUACAAAUAUCCAUUUGAAAUUGUGAUGGCAGCAUAUGAAAAACGUUUUCCAACUUGUCCUCAAAUUCCUAUAUUUGUUGGCUCUGAAAUUACCUAUGAACAUCACUCGGAAGAUGGUGCCGAAGAAGUAAUUGAACGCAAAUGUCAGUUGAAUAUUGAUGCGCCAUAUCUUGUCAAAAAAAUAGCGGGUGUUGAUUAUGUUUAUUUUACACAAAAAAAUUCGCUUAAUCGCAGAAAGCGUACUCUUAUCAUUGAAGCAAAGAAUAUUUCUUUUGCGGCCAGAAUCGAUGUCAAAGAAACUUGUUUUUACUACGUUCAUCCUGAAAAUAAUGAAUGGACUUGUUUUGAACAAAGUGGCUCACUGGAUGUUAAGUCAUUUUUUGGUUUUGAAUCUACAGUGGAGAAAUUGGCAGUGAAACAAUAUGCAGCUAACCUUGCGAAGGUGUCACCUUUGAAAACCGAAAGAGGAAAAGAGGUGCUGGAGUAUUUCAUCAACGAACUAAUCAAAAGUGGUGUAACGUUUAUUCCUCCCUACAGUGAUGCAACGGAAUCAGCGGCUGAUUCCGCUAUUGAUGUUUCGCGGCCUACCGAUGAAGAAGAAAAAGAGAAGGAUAAAAUUGGCUCUGAAAGAGAGGGACUGCGUACCUUUCAUAGCCGAAAAUUUUCUCUUGCCAGAAAAUCAUCCAUUGGUUUAUUACCUCGGAGAUCAAUUGCACCUCGAAAUUCCAUUGAUGACUACAGUUUAUUUUUGGUACCAGUUUACGAUCGAAAUGAUGGAACACGAAGUGGUAUACAUUUUGUUAUAGCUGAAGCAAGAUUGGAAGCAGAAUAUAUUCGUCGUUUCUUGGGGCAGCUCAGCACUCUAGAAGAAAGUCGUCUUUGUGAACUGAAAUAUGGAUUACAGGAUACUCUUAAGGGGAAACUCCCGAAUGACGCUCAUUUACUACGCUUUUUACGUGCGCGCGAUUUCGAUGUAGCUCGAGCGAGUGAUAUGGUGCAGAAGAGUGUUAAAUGGCGAAAACAACAUAAUGUGGAUAAAAUUUUGCAGGAAUUCGAAACACCGCCUAUUUUUAAACAGUUUUUUCCUGGUUGUUGGCACUAUAACGAUAAAGAGGGCAGACCGGUAUUCGUUCUGCGUCUGGGCAAACUCGAUAUGAAAGGCUUGUUGCGCACAUGUGGUAUGGAAACGAUUAUGAAAUUCACAUUAUCAGUAGUCGAACAAGGGCUUAUUAAAACGGCUAAGGCGACAAAAAUGCUUGGUGCUCCUAUAAGUACAUGGACACUGCUGGUUGAUUUGGAAGGUCUAAGCAUGAGACACCUAUGGCGUCCAGGAAUCCAGGCCUUAUUACGUAUAAUUGAAGUUGCGGAAGCACAUUAUCCAGAAACAAUGGGACUAGUUUUGAUAGCUCGAGCACCACGUGUAUUUCCAGUUCUGUGGACGCUGAUCUCACCAUUUAUUGAUGAAAAUACAAGAAAGAAGUUUAUGAUAAAUGCGGGUGAACCAGUCAUCUGUGAACUUAGAAAAUAUAUCGAGGAGCAAUAUAUUCCAGAAUUUUUGGGUGGAACAUGUUCAUGUAUGGCGCCAGAAGGUGGUCAUAUUCCCAAGAGCUUGUACAAACCGGUGGAAGAAACCGUAAUAGAAGACGAUGUAUUGAAAUCAACCUAUCAGUCAGCAAAUAUCUAUAAGGGAAUACCACAUGAAGUGAUUAUCAGAGUGACUGCUGAGGGGUGCGUUCUUACAUGGGACUUCGAUAUUUUAAAGGGUGAAUGUGAAUUCUUAAUUUAUUAUACGGAAAAACAAAUAGAAGCGGCUACUACACCGAAUUCACCUUCCGUUCUUACUUCUAUCGGAAAUACUGCUGCGAACUCUGCCUUGCUUUGCGACCCGAAAUUGACUAUCGGAGUUAAUUUGAAGCUAGAAGAACAGCCUAUACAGUUCACGGAGGGCGAUUCAAUGCAAGGAUCACAUUAUUGUCCCCAAGCGGGUUAUUAUAUCCUGCAGUGGCGUCAUCUCGAGACAGCACAGAAUCAGUCCUUCGAUUUUUCUUUGUCUGGUCAUAAAUGCAAAGUUAUGUAUUAUCACGAAUUAUUGGAUUCCUUGGAUUUUAGGGGCUCAGUAGCUUCAUUGGAGUCAUGCAGAUCAUCAUUUUCAUCGCUUGCUGCUGCUGCAUCAUCCAUUGCUACUCCUAUAUCAGCUCGAAAGAAUUAG